UAUUUGAAUGCCAAGUUUAGGACUAUGGCCGUCCGGGGGCGCUGUUGACAUAUUUAAAGGAUUUAGUGGAGUAACAGAACUCAGACUUUAUCCAAACUUCGCCUCACUCAGUCCCACCGCAGAUAUGUGAGAGUUAAACAAAGACGAGGUGGACGAAGAGGAAGCAAGUCAGUGACCAGCAGGAGCUCAAGAUGGCUCAGGAAGAGCUUUACGAUGAGGAAGAGACAGCUUUAGUUUCCCCGGAAAAAGAUGCCGAAAAGCCAAGACAUACUAUGAUGUCUGCGUCUUUUAAUUUUAUAAAUUCUAUUAUAGGAUCCGGAAUAAUAGGUUUACCAUAUGCAUUGAACCAGGCGGGGCUCCCCUUUGGCCUCAUGCUGUUGGUAUUUGUUGGCUUUAUAACAGAUUAUACAAUCAUCUUACUUAUUAAAGGAGGAAACCUCACAGGGACUAACAGUUAUCAAGCUUUGGUACAAAGCACGUUUGGUUUCCCUGGAUUUCUGAUUUUAUCUGCACUGCAGUUCCUUUAUCCUUUCAUUGCCAUGAUAAGCUACAACAUCACAACUGGUGAUACACUGACCAAAGUAUUUCAGCGGAUACCUGGAGUUGGUCCAGGUCACAUACUUGCAGAGCGUCACUUUGUGAUCCUGCUAUCAACCCUGGUCUUCACGUUGCCUCUCUCUCUUUAUCGAAACGUAGAGAAGCUUGGGAAGGUGUCCCUCGUGUCAAUGCUCCUGACACUGACCAUACUCAUCAUUGCAAUCAUCAGAGCAGCUACCUUUGGGCCCCAAAUUGCCCCUACACCAAAUGCCUGGGCCUUUGCAAAGUGGAAUGCAAUCCAGGCCGUUGGUCUCAUAUCUUUUGCUUUUAUAUGCCACCACAACAGCUUCCUUAUCUACGGCUCUCUAGCGAAACCCACUAUAGCGAACUGGUCUCGGGUCACCCACGGGUCUGUAGGCUCUGCGGUUUUAUUCAGCGCUGCUUUUGCUGUCGCUGGCUACAUCACCUUCACUGGUUACACACAAGGAGACAUAUUUGAGAACUACUGCAGAGAUGAUAAUCUGGCGACAUUCGGUCGCUUCUGUUUUGGCUUCAGCAUAAUAGCAACAUUUCCACUGGAGUGCUUUGUUACACGAGAGGUGGUAACCAAUGUGAUUUGCAGAAGGGAUCUUUCAAAAAUGGAACAUGUGCUCAUAACGUCUCUCAUAGUUCUGGCUUGUACAUCGUUGUCUUUGCCCUACGACUGUCUGGGAGUUGUUUUGGAGCUCAAUGGUGUUCUUAGUGCCACGCCUCUGAUUUUCAUCAUCCCAUCUGCCUGUUUCAUCAAACUCUCCCCUGGCAGAAAGCUGCAGUGUGAAAACGUGCUGCCCUUCUUUUUGAUCAUUAUGGGUUUCUUUGUCAUGAUCACAGGUUUGAUCAUGAUUGGCCUCUACCCUCAAGACUGUUCACAUGGUGUGGAGAUGUUCUACUGUCUACCAGACAAUUUCUCCAGCACUGCACCACCUGCCAGGAAUGAAGUUCAACCAAAUCUUUGAUGGUCCUCUUUUUCAAACUCUUACACUAUGUGGCAAAAACGGAUGUUAUAACUUGCUAUGCUAUUUAAUAUAGUGUAAAGUUGAAGUUUCCAUCAUAUGUUUUGUAAAUAAUAGUGUGCCUUGCUAUUUAUUGUCCUGAAGUUUCCCUUUUUCAGUUUUUCUUAGUCGCUUUGGUACAGUUCUCGAAUCAUCCUCAACAUUUACAAAACAGUAAGUGCGUUUCUCAAAACAAUUCGUACAAAUAGCAAAACACCAUCAGUACCUGCAAAAGCCAGUGUCUUGCUCAAAAUCCUUAGUUCAUCUCUCAAAAGUAAACAUCUGUGUCAAUGAACAUGUCAGUGCCAUCAGAAUGAGAAGUCCUUGUGUCAUUGUGUACGGAUAAGACAGACAAACUGCUUAGUCAUGUUGUCAAUAUAACAGUGUCCUCUGGAGGGAGGUUCUGAUGUAAACUAUGGCUAAAGUUUUGAUGACAGUUAUUGUAAAUUGUAACUUACACUUAGUGUAUUGUAGCUCUUAUCUAAUCAGGAACACACAUAUGUCCUCUGCCUCUUCCUCUGUUUUGCCUCCCAACUCCACCACGCAGCCUCACUCCUCUUCCUCUUCUUCUUCUUCUCUCUGGCUGUUAACCCAGUCCAAUUCCUUGUCAUUGUAACAUUGUGUUGUGCUCCGGCUAUAUAUAUACACUUGCCAGUUGAUGUUUCAUGAGAUGCACCUUUGAGCUAUUUUAGAAAACUGGUUGAUCAUUGGUUGAUCUAAUACUUCACAUAUUUCCCUUCGUUAGAGAAACUCAAAAUUCACCUGGGAGCAAUUUACCAAUUCAGGACAGAUUUACAAAAACAGACUGAUGGAAAUGUACAGAAAUAUGACUGACAUAUUCUGACAACAUGUUCAACCAUUUUGCAUGUGAGGACUUAUGUGUUGAACUAAUGCCUUAAUGUUGUGGAGGGUGAGACUAUUCAACAGAGACCCAUUAUAAUACAUUUUGAUCAACAUGACAUAAGCACUUGAUUAUGUAGGAAACAGCAGAUAAUCGUACAUAAUCAUUUUCAUGGAUGUACCAAAGCAUUUGCAACUUGUUCAAAAAAAUAAGAAACUGCUUUUGACACAAUGAAGUGAAGAUUGAACAAGUAAUUUUGAGAAUUUCAAUUCUGAUCUGAGAAAUGCAUCAAAGCGACUGAGACAAACUAAGCAGAAGAGGGGCUGGGUGUUCCAUCUCUGGCCGCCAGGUGUCACUGUAGACAUUUAAUAGAGCACGUAUUAAAAGGAAGUGCAAAACAAAAACAUAUGUUUUUGAUACACUAAUAUUAAACACUGAUUGAGUGAA